GAAAGAUUUAGAAUUGAAGGUGUGCAAUUCAAUAAAGUAUAAACAGCACAUUAUAUCAACCAAUAUAUUUGCUAACCGGUUUCGCUUCAAGCUCUACAGCCUAAAUCAUAGUCCGAAAAACAGGAAGAGAAACCGAAAAUGGCGGGAGCAAGGUGGAUGAUAAUCGGCUUUGUAUUAACAAUAGGUGUGGACUACACUUAUUGUUCGACCACAACAAUAACAACUGCAUCGUCAAACGAGCUGCCAGAAACAAACGACCAAAAUAGCCCAAAAUUCACAUCUUCACCAUCACAGUCGACCAAAAGAAUAGAGAGCACUGGCACUGGUACCCACAGCCCAACAACAACAACAUCAGAGACUGAUUCACAACCAACAGCACAACCGUCGCAAAACUCAACAGAAUCUAUACACAAUGACACUGGUCCACAUUCCACAACAGACAGUCACGGAGAUGGCACCACACAACACAAAGUAAUUGGUGGUCACGAAAAAGACGACCACGACACAACCCACGGGAUAGAGUUGUUUACCUUCAAUUUCUCUAACGUGAAGUACCCACUCGUGUUUUCUCUGGUGGUGAUUCUAGCAGGGCUAAGCAAGAUCGGCUUCCACUAUUCACAUUUCCUCUCGUCCAAGGUGCCAGAAUCCUGUUCGCUGAUUGUUAUAGGCGUUAUAUUUGGUGUAAUUUUGCACUACACUGGCGUUUCGGAGAACCUUACCCUGUUUGCUCCACACGAGUUCUUCUUGUUUCUUCUGCCACCUAUUAUUCUGGAAGCAGCAUUCAGCCUCCACGAUAGAACUUUUGCCGAAAACAUUGGUGGAGUUUUAUUAUUUGCUGUGCUGGGUACAGUGAUGAACUGCUUUUUAAUUGGUCUGUCUAUGUGGGGUCUGUAUCAGGCGGGGGCGAUGGAGGACGUCCAAUGUACGCUAGUCCAGUUUCUGAUAUUCAGUGCGCUCAUUGUGGCUGUAGACCCCGUAGCGGUGCUUGCUGUUUUCCAAGAAAUUGGGGUCAACAAUACCUUGUACUUUCUUGUAUUUGGUGAAUCAUUGCUCAAUGAUGGUGUAACGGUGGUGUUAUACAACGUGAUGCACGUUUUCAACAAAAUAGAUACAAUUAGUGCAGGGCAGGUGUUUUUGGGAGUAGCGAAGUUCCUGGUCGUUGUCGGCUUUGGGUUAUUGAUUGGGAUAUUCUGUGGACUGGUGUCGUCCAUCAUCACCAAAUAUACGAACUCGGUCAAAGUGGUUGAGCCGCUGAUAGUGUUUGGGUUCGCCUAUCUGUCCUAUAUUUUGUCCGAUCUCUUUGAGUUUUCGGGGAUCAUAAGCAUUAUCGCCUGUGGCAUAAUUCAGGUCCAUUAUGCAUUCCAAAACAUCACGAACAAAUCAAGAAUGGGCGUGAAGUUUUUCUCUAAAGUUAUGGCGACCGCGAGUGAAAUCAUUAUUUUUCUAUUCCUCGGGAACGUUACCGUCAAGACCAGUCAUGCAUGGAUGACUGGCUUCUCUCUCUGGGCAUUGCUGCUCUGUAUUCUCUACAGGUUUCUGACCACAUAUGGUAUUUCGUUCUUCCUGAACAAAUAUUCCACAGGACGAGUGAGGAAGAUACGGUUAGAUGAAAUGUUCAUGAUAAGUUACGGUGGGUUGCGUGGUGCAGUGUGCUUCUCUCUUGUGGCCCUGAUCAACGAGGACGAAAUCCCCAUGAAGAACAUGUUCGUCACCACCACGCUCUUUAUUAUCUUCUUCACGGUCUUUAUACAGGGUGGAACUAUAAAAUGGCUGGUGAAGAAGUUGAGAGUGAAGUUGGCGGAUAAAGACAAAGACAUGAGUCUAAACGAGGAAAUCUCAAAUCAUGUAUUUGACCACAUUAUGGCUGGCGUUGAAGAGAUCAUAGGCUACACCAUGGGCGAUCACCAAGUCAAGGCUAAAAUCGAUCAUAUUGACGAUACUUAUAUUAGGCCUGUGGUUCUAAGAAAUGCAAGCAGAUCUACACUCGGCGAUAUAUCUAACUACUAUGAAAAGCUGGUCAUGAAAGAGCAUUACAAGAACCUUCAGUUAAGCGGCGCCAAACUGCGAAGAGUGAAGACAGAUAUUCGGAAACUGGACAGCGAGCUGGCCCUAAACACACUAGUCCACGACGAUGACGAGAAAGAGGCCCACGACAGACUCCAUGAUCAUGUUCAGAAACGGGAUGAAGAACAUUUGGAGGAGAACAUAAAACAUGGCGAAAAUCAUCAUAAGUUCCUGGCCGAUACACUUCAUACCGUCAGAAGUCGGCUCCACCUCAAUGUACACGACAAGAACCUGACUCACGAUAAACAGCACCAUCUGAUAAGCCAACUGCGCAAGAAGUACCGCCAGAACAUGGCCAUUAGAGAGCGAAGGGAGCGUGAGUCUUUGGAGCAGGGUCAAACACUGCCCUCACACAGCCUUUCAUUCAACAUGGACGGCUCUAGGGCGUACGAAGAAAGGAAACCUAGCCAGGUACAAUUUACGUUAGACGACACGGAACAAGAGGAAGCAGAAACAGAACAUACGCAAGGGACUGAUAUAGAGUAUGAUGAAAAUGGAAAGGCCACCUUCAUGUUUUGAAUACGUGUCUUGAAUCAUUUUCUACAAACAAGUUCGAGUUGCUUUCCCAUUUCAUACCGAUUUUCAAGCCUUAAUUCCGGUUCUGACACUUAAGAUAGGAUUUUAUAUCUAAAGCCGGUUGACACGUUUCAAACCCGAAUUUUCCCAGACAACUUUACCUAAGUGAAAACUCUUAACAUUUUUAAAAAUUCAGCAAACUGCGUAAAUAAUGCUUAUUGAUUCUUUACAUUACUUAAAAUAAAACAUAAUCAAUAUACACCAUUUUGUGUAUAUGACCUUUGCAACUUUUUGUAACCGCCCUUCUUCGGAAAAAAACAAAUUCAGACUGUACAUCGAUAAAAAAGAUCAGCUCGUUAAAACUCCUGAGUAGACUAUGGCAUCGACUCACGACCUACUCCUAGAUCGAACCAAACAAAUGUGCAUCGACAACAGCUGAUCGAUUGAAGAAUUUCCGUUCAAUUCCCGAAGAAUGACUCGACUAAAAAACUUGGAUCGGUCUAAAAAUAGAACUGUUGAAUGAUGCAAGAUGGUGGUUAAAUACUUUUGUCGAUGACUAAAUAUGCUUUGUAUGUUUUUGGACAAUUAAACGACUUUUAGAAUGAGCUUCAGGCAUCGAAAGGCCUUCGGCCUGCUACGUUUUGUGAGUAAAGUCAUGUAAUUGUAAAACAAAUUUUAAAUAAACAACUGAAGACAUA